AAUACUUUAAAUGGCUUCCUGUUUGGCGUGAGUCAUCAAACAGGGGGAAAUAUCAAUUCAGGAAAUGAAAGAACAGUCAUUGACUUUCUGAAUUUUGAGAGAUUAUCGGGUAUGAAGAGAGCUGCAAUUUAUUUUCAUAGCGAUAAGGUGUUUCCCUCCUAUCAAGCUUACCAGAAAUAAGCUGCAAGUCAGUUUAAUUAAAAUUUUCCAUCGUAAUGGUCGCUCAACUCCCAGUUAUAAUAUUACUAAGUUUAACUUGGUUUUCGAAGCCACUUCAGGCGGUUAUUAAAGGAAAUAUUAAUGUGACACUAAUUGAUUCGAUGGCGACACAUCUAAGUGGAAGUCCUGUGGCUUUGGAUACUUGGAGCAAGGAGAUGAGCCUGGUUUUGGAGAAGGAACAGCAGGAGCGACUGGCCUGGAAUGUACCAUGGUUCAAAAUCCUGCAGGAGGAGAGAGUUUCUCUAGUGGAGCUUCAAAACCAACUGAAGCCGAAUAAUUCCCUGAAACUGAGACUCUGGCUGAGCUUCUACUGGCACCUUCGACGUUCUCAGACACUAAAUAAGAUACUGCUAGCCAACUUUGCCCUGGAAUUGAGAGACCUUCGAAGACACCAUCCUCAUAUGUGGAGUUAUUAUCUACAAAACAUGUUGCAGAGUCUGCCGCCACAUCUGAGGAUUCUAGCCCAAAGUCGAUGGUUGUGUCUGCAGCACAAAAGGGAGAUGUUCUACGUUUCUACGGGUUACCAUCUGGAAUUGGGUGCCAAUGACCAUUGCGACCUGUGGCGGAUUCAGGAUGCGCAGAAGGAUUAUUUCCUGCUUCUCGUUAACUCUUGUAGGGAAGAGCGCUAUUUCCUUAUUAAUAUAUCAGAGGAUUACCAAGGAUCCUACCAAUUGCUACGACCCACAAACUACAUGAAUAAUACUUUUUGUGUUUUAAGAGGUUUAGCUUAUUUUAGAGAAACCUCUCAAGUUUCCGAAUCGGAUUUAAGUUGCCGAUGGCAGCUUAAUGAUUGCAGUUAUUUGCCUACUCGGUUAUUAGGUGAAAGAGAGUUGGGGGAAAAUAAACUAAAAGAAGUGAAGUGCGAAAGGUAA